AUGGAUUUAAGCGCUGAUGCAGUUGGCCAAGAAGAAAUAAUCGAAACAACAAAAGCACAUUCUCUGAAUCUGGUAGGUGUCCAGGCGGUUGGGUGUGUUUCAGAAGCAGUAGCAUACUUUCAAAUCAUCCAGAAAUUAUUUAAUUUUUUUUCCAGUUCAAACAAUCGAUGGAAGAUAUUAAAAGAAUGUUUAGGCGGACUAAAAGUUCUGAAAAUCUUAUCUAAAACCAGGUGGUCUGCACGCGCUGAUGCUAUUAAUGCUUUGCACAAUGGUUAUAAUCAUAUUUAUGAAGCUUUAUUAUUAAUUGCUAGUAACACUGAUCAAUCAGGAGAAACGAGAAAUGAGGCACAGAGCAUUGGCAAAAAAAUGGAAAAAUUGGUGACCAUUAUCCUAACUGAGACAUGGAAUGACCUUCUGGGAGUUAUAAAUAAAACAAGCUUAAGUUUACAGAAUAAUACUAUAACAAUGGAUGUUGCAACAAAACUGUUUGCAUCACUUAACGAGUAUAUUAGUAGAGCACGAAAUAAUUUUGAUCAGUAUGAAUCGGCUGCCAAAGAAAUAAAUCCAAAUUCUGACUACAAAGAUAAAUUGCAAAGAAAAAAAAUUCGCAACACACGUAUCACUUUUUUGGAAGAACCAUCAGAGACUGUGCAGUUGAACGGUAAAGAAAAAUUCUAUGUAGAAACGUUCUUUCCCAUAAUCGACACGCUAUAUAGACAUUUAAAGCAACGAUCGGAAUCGUACAAAGACAUUAACUAA